CCAUCUGCCUAAACGUGUUGAGAGGAGAAUGGUUAAUUAAAAUGAUAGCCUCCUUCCACAUUCCCAAGCUUAUAUAGUAGCCAAACAUCAGACCCAAACACUUCUCGUAAUCCAUUUUCAAUUAGUAGCCACUUUUUAACACCUUGUAGCCUACAGAAGUAGAAGUAAAAAAAUGUCAUCGGAGAAAACAAAAACAAAGGACUUGUCGGAAUCCGAUGUGUCCAGUCUUAGUUUCGAGGAAACUGAACUCACUCUUGGGUUACGCCGAGAUUCGGAAAAACAAAUCUGUGGUGCGAAACGUGGACUCUCAUCUGAAGCUGUUGAGUUGAGCCUAGGAAGCUUUACUUCCAGAAAUCCUCAAGAUCAAAACUACGAAGAUGAUCAUUAUUGCAACAAUGAAAUCUCUACCGCAACCAAACCUUCGGCAAAGGCACAAGUAGUUGGAUGGCCACCAGUGAAAUCAAACAGGAAGAAGAUGGGAGUAGUAAAGAAGUGCAAAUACGUGAAGGUGGCAGUAGAUGGAGCUCCUUACUUGAGAAAAGUUGACUUGGAGAUGUACAGCAGCUAUGACCAGCUGCUAAUUGCUUUGGAAAACAUGUUUACUUGCCUAACAACUAUCUGUAACUUUGUAAAUGAGAGGAAGCUUAUGGACCCUACAAAUGGUGUGGAAUACUUGCCAACUUAUGAAGACAAAGAUGGGGACUGGAUGCUUGUUGGAGACGUUCCAUGGAAAAUGUUUGUUGAAUCUUGCAAGAGGCUCAGGUUGAUGAAGAGCUCAGAGGCCAUUGGAUUAGCUCCAAGGACUAACGUAUUAAUGGCGAAAUGCUCGGGUACAAGUUGAUUGAAGAAGUUUUCCCAUCUUGGCCUGCAUGUACAUUGGUAGAACCGGAUCGAGGAUUUUGAGAAAAUGGGUGCAUUAUCAUGAAAAGAUCGAUCUAGGAUAUAAGUUUUACUGUUUCAACCUAUAGGUCUUACUAUUGCACCUAUUAUGCUUUUGGAAUUAUAAGUUUAAAAUUAUUAUUUUUAAAUAGUAAUUUUCUUAUACUUAUAUCUA